CGUGGGCACCGCGUCUGGAGUGCCAGCGUGGGCACCGCACCUGGGGUGUCAGCGUGGGCACCGCACCUGGGGUGGCCAGCGUGGGCACCGCACCUGGGGUAUCAGCGUGGGCAACGCACCUGGGGUAUCAGCGUGGGCACCGCACCUGGGGUAUCAGCGUGGGCACCGCACCUGGGGUAUCAGCGUGGGCACCGCACCUGGGGUAUCAGCGUGGGCACCGCACCUGGGGUGGCCAGCGUGGGCACCGCACCUGGGGUGGCCAGCGUGGGCACCGCACCUGGGGUGGCCAGCGUGGGCACCGCACCUGGGGUGGCCAGCGUGGGCACCGCACCUGGGGUAUCAGCGUGGGCACCGCACCUGGGGUAUCAGCGUGGGCACCGCUCCUGGGGUAUCAGCGUGGGCCCCGCGACUGGGGGUGGCCAGCGUGGGCCCCGCGCCUGGGGUGGCCAGCGUGGGCCCCGCGCCUGGGGUGGCCAGCGUGGGCCCCGCGCCUGGGGUGGCCAGCGUGGGCCCCGCGCCUGGGGUGGCCAGCGUGGGCCCCGCGCCUGGGGUGGCCAGCGUGGGCCCCGCGCCUGGGGUGGCCAGCGUGGGCCCCGCGCCUGGGGUGGCCAGCGUGGGCCCCGCGCCUGGGGUGGCCGCCUGGGGUGGCCAGGGGUGGCCAGCGUGGGCCCCGCGCCUGGGGUGGCCAGCGUGGGCCCCGCGCCUGGGGUGGCCAGCGUGGGCCCCGCGACUGGGGUGGCCAGCGUGGGCCCCGCGACUGGGGUGGCCAGCGUGGGCCCCGCGACUGGGGUGGCCAGCGUGGGCCCCGCGACUGGGGUGGCCAGCGUGGGCCCCGCGCCUGGGGUGGCCAGCGUGGGCCCCGCGACUGGGGAGGCCAGCGUAGGCCCCGCGACUGGGGUGGCCAGCGUGGGCCCCGCGCCUGGGGGUGGCCAGCGUGGGCCCCGCGCCUGGGGGUGGCCAGCGUGGGCCCGCACCUGGGGUGGCCAGCGUGGGCCCGCACCUGGGGUGGCCAGCGUGGGCACCGCACCUGGGGUGGCCAGCGUGGGCCCCGCGCCUGGGGUGGCCAGCGUGGGCCCGCACCUGGGGUGGCCAGCUUCGGGUCCCACAACCACAGUUCGGGUCCCACGACCACAGUUCGGGUCCCACGACCACAGUUCGGGUCCCACGACCACAGUUCGGGGUCCCACGACCACAGUUCGGGUCCCACGACCACAGUUCGGGGUCCCACGACCACAGUUCGGGGUCCCACGACCACAGGUCGGGGCCCACGACCACAGUUCGGGUCCCACGACCACAGUUCGGGUCCCACGACCACAGUUCGGGUCCCACGACCACAGUUCGGGUCCCACGACCACAGUUCGGGGUCCCACGACCACAGUUCGGGGUCCCACGACCACAGUUCGGGUCCUACGACCACAGUUCGGGUCCCACGACCACAGUUCGGGGUCCCACGACCACAGUUUGGGGUCCCACGACCACAGUUCGGGGUCCCACGACCACAGUUCGGGGUCCCACGACCACAGUUCGGGGUCCCACGACCACAGUUCGGGUCCCACGACCACAGUUCGGGUCCCACGACCACAGUUCGGGUCCCACGACCACAGUUCGGGGUCCCACGACCACAGUUCGGGUCCCACGACCACA